AUGCAAGUUAAAACUGAUAAUUCAUUAAUACCACCGGUAUUUGAGCGUGAAUUACUUGCUUCAAAACAUAUGGAUAUUAUACCGCUUGAUACGGUAGAUGAAAUUGUAUGGGUGCUAACAUAUAAUGAAUAUGGCCGGUUUAUGGCCGAAACAAGAAAUGAUACAUAUCCAAUUGCACAACGUGUAAGUGAGGAAAAUUUAUUAUGGAAAAAAGGUGAAGAUGAUUAUUCACGUCGAACGUAUCUUCCACGUGAUGAUACACCACUUGAAUUGGUAUAUUUUUGUCGUCGCAUCUAUGAUUGUAAGCAGCAAAAAAUUGAAACAAAAAAUUGGCGGAAAAAACAAUCAAAUGAAGCGUUCUCGUCGUCAUCCAUGGAAACAUCGAACACGAAAACAUCGCUGAAAAAUUGA